CAUGGGUAUCUGAAAAGAUAAAGAAUCAUGAGUUAGAAAAUGAAUUAUUUGCAGUAUGUGAACAAUACUUGUUUGAAUUAGGCUUUGACCUUCUUGAUAAAUCCAAAGAAACAACUAGAUCAUUAUGGAUCUGA